UGAAGACCGUACACGACUAAAGUUUACACGACUUUGACAUGGGAGGUAUUGGGCAAAGCUUGUAUUCCAGAUGAAAGAAAAUAUCCUAGCUACAAUUCCGUCUAAUUUUACCACUGCAGAGAUGCGAAUGAGAAAAAAUGUCUCAUUGUUGUGCAUAGUUCAACGUUAUUGUUAAAUUGUCAAAUAGUACCUGAACCCGAAUAAGAGUAUGUGAACUUAUUGCUGCUACCCCUGAUUGUAUUUUCGUUCUGCUUACUAAGUGAAGACAGCAAUUAAAUGCAAACAGCAUAAGACACAAAACUUCGUUCAAGAGCAUUGUCAUGAAAUAUAUGAACUCGCUUAGAAAUCUAGGAUUUUCAACAUCAAUUCCAAAUAUCUCUGUGCAUAUAAUGAACCGCCCUGCUUACGACUCUACAAAAACUUUCCUUUCCUACGAAAUGUACCUUCCCAAAAUUUUUGUCCUAUUCGCAGUGAAAAGCAUCAAUGUCCAUUUUGUUGCAUGAUCGACAGUUUGCAGCCCAAUUAGCAUCCCGAUUACAUCCAAAGACUUUCAAGGAUGUUAUUGCUUUGCCCAAUGAGCCUUUUUUUUCGAUCAGAUGGAUCAUAUACUCCAGGUGAGUUAUUCGUAUGUAGGCCGUUGUCAUAGUUGUAGAUCACAAAAUGAACACCUUACUCAGCAUUCAAGAUUCCAUCAAAAUGGUAAAACCAUUGAAUUUUUUCAAGGAUAUGGCAUGAACUCUCAGACGAGGUUGAACAGUUAUUGUUGGUCAAGAUCAUAAUCCUGGAAAGAUCCACAAAGAUCAGAAGGAUGAAGAUCAUCAAAAUGACCAAGAUCGCCAGGCAAAAGGUUACCGGAGCACUAUCCAAACGCCCGACGGGUUUACCGUCGCGCGGGUGUCUUCGGCUUCUCCUCUCUCUCUCGUAUGUGGCUCAAGCCUCCCAACACAGUCAAGGACAAAACAACACCGGAAAGAUCUCAGAGAUAACCUACAGACCUAAACGCAUAUGGUUCCAAAGUCAAUGGUCAACAGUCAAAGGGCCGCCAACGUAUUCAGAUAGCAGAAAUAACGAAUGCUCAUAGCUGUAACCAGGUCCAUAACGUUUUGUCAGUUCUGAUCAAGUUCAAAGAGCAUACGCUGAUCGUAUGAAUCAAUGAUGAUAGCAUAGGCGUUCCCAUAUGAAGCACAUGGCAUCCCAAUGAAGAAGCUGAGACUUCCCCCUUGCAACCCCCAUGAAUAUCCACAGGGAUCAAAGCAGCCAGAGACCAUUAGUCUCAGGCUGUUAGUGCAAUCUGUAUCAAACUCAAGCGUUUCUCAAUGAGAAACUAGACGCGGCUUAACAGUCUGUGCUCGAAUGGUCCAGCACUGCUUUGACCCUUGAGCCAGGGCUCAACAUAGAGUAGAGACUCAUCUAGAAACAAAACGCACUGCGAAGAAACUCGACUUGCCUCAAAACUGCCCGAAUGUAGUCGGCAUGGCGGCAGCUCCUCAUGGUAUUCGUUCCUAACGGAGUUACCACCCGGGAGGACGCUAUCCGUCAAAAUGUCGCAGAGCAGAGCGAGACGCGGAACCGGUGGAGAGUGGAUUUUGCUCGCUGAAUUUGGACGAUGACGAGACUGAAGACGAAAUAGCUGCCGAUAAUAUUGGGGGAGUAAAACUGAUAGGACAUAGUCCUUCAACUAGUUCCAUUACUGCAAGCGAAGGAGUUAGUCUGGUUGAUAGUUGUGCAAGCAAAUAUCUUUCAAGACACAAAGACGACGCUAGUGAUACAACUAUGAGAACUUGUAGGAUUACUGGUAGCGUUGGAGAAAGGACUUAGAUCGUACUAUACUUCGGCUAGGUGGAGGGAAACUGCUCGCAAUUAGGAUGGGGAUUCAACCUCAAAGGCGCGGGUGGUUGUCUCGUGCAUACGGACACCAGCCAGGCCAUACCCACAGGAAGCCAUCCACGCCGGCAGCUUCCACACUUGCGUGCAACUUACUCAAAGAAGAGACUGGUAGAUGUUAUAUUUGUUCAACAGUUGAAGAAGGAGUCUGCAGUUGUUAUCUUACAAGACUCGAACUCCAUAGAAGGUGCGGGCCCUUUCAUAUAGAUGGCCUCCAGGUAAAUUGUCCUGAGUGCGAUCUACAGAAAGGCCAACGCGCACCACAGGCAAAGGCUAGGAAUGCUGUGAAUUGCAAACCCGUAUCAGUUAGAUCAAAAAAAAAAACGUGUAUUAGUGAUUAUCUGUGAUGUAAUUAAGAAGGUGCGUGUCGACCGCUUAAGCUGAAAAGUGACUGCGUGGAGGAAAUAGAAGAAGUGACCAAAGGCAUUCGCCAGGACUACUCCUUAUCUCUUGAUGACAAGGCAUUAUGGUUCCCCCGGAGGGAUGGAGAACCUGCCCUGAGCAGUGACGUAUGGCCAAAGUUAUGCAAUCGCUGCGAGUCUCAGACAGUCCGGCUGUUCCUUAUAGUCCGGAGAUGAAUGGGACCUGCGAACGUUUUAUGCGGACCUUGUUCGGCAGUGUUCGCACGAUGCUGACUAAAGUUGACAAACGUCUCUGGCAUUACUGCGCCGAGGACGCUGGUGACUGCUGGGAUUGUUUACCGCAUAACUACGCGGAAAUGCCUCAAAAUGAUGGAAGGAGUCCAGUGGAAAUCUUGGAAGAAAGGACUGGUAGAAACUCGUCGAAGAGUUCAAUCGGCAUGCUCCGUCGAUUUGGUUGUCUGGUUCACUUUCGUGAACAACUUCAAGCCAACCCUCCUGAACCCAAGCUCUAGGCCAAAUACCACCGUGGCGUCUUCCUUUGGAUUCUGUCCGAAGUCGUCUGGUUGGUUGGUUGGAGCGUUCGCUCAUGACGAUCGUUGCAAGCUUGGACAUCGAUGGGCGGAAUACUCUACCCGAGAUGUAAAGUUCAGAGAGGGAUAUUUAAUAAAGAAUAUUGAUUGGCUUUUGCCAGAUAAAAGGGCAUCUACCUAGAGUCUGACGAGCUGGGAAAUCUGCUGAGUGGCGCGUCGUAGCUGGGCUCCCCCUUGCUUGGACAGUCAGAGCUGAGGCUGGAUCAUCAAUCGGGGUUCUCUGGCACGGAGCACAUUCCAGGUGGACCGACCGGAAUUCCCGAAGAGAUUACUGGAUAAAGUAGAGGAAUCCAACGCGGCUGACUCUCCUAAAGGUGUUUCACCUGAGGAGGGGAAAGCUGAAGCGAAGGAUCGCGUGACAUCUGCUCCGCUUAGUCCGUCUAGGUUGAAAGCGCCCUCUCCAGCACGUGUUGUGGCAGGCGAACGCCAUACACACGGCGAGAAGCGUGGCCGACCACAAGGAGCGAAGGACAAGGCAGGCAGCAGGGUUCGAAGAACAGAGAAACAGUUAGAAGAACUGAAAAAAAGUAUGGCGCUGCUCGCUAGAGCAUAUGGUGAUCGUGUGAGUCAAUGGUGAUAGCAUAGGCGUUCCCAUAUGAAGCACAUGGUAUCCCAAUGAAGAAGCUGAGACUUCCUCCUUGCAACCCCAACGAAUAUCCACAGGGAUCAAAGCCGCCAGAGAUCAUUAGCCUCAGGCUGUUAGUGCAAUCUGUAUCAAACUCAGGCGCUUCUCAGUGAGAAACUAGACGCGACUUGGCAGUCUGUGUUCGAAUGGUCCAACAGUUAUGAAGAGUAGGGCUAUAAUACGUAAACAGGAAUAAUGAUUUUUGUCGACUACUCAAGUUUUGUCCCAACCC